CCGGGGAAACGGGACGCUUAGUACACGACAAACGCUAGUGAGGCACCGUGUAAGUGAGGGAAAUUCACAAUUUUCCUAAAAAAAACGAGGAUAAUGACGCGUCUCUGUAUCUGUGAGAUGUGCAGCUGUGGCCGCCACCGUUGUAAACACCUGCCCACAGCACUUUACAAGAAAGGCAGUAAGACUAAUGUGUUGUCAGAGUACUCUGAGAAGUAUCCUGCCUAUAAAGGGCACACGCGGCCCAAGAGCGUCAAGCCCCAGCUGCAGUAUAAAGCUCAUCAAGACACGAUGGAAGGAACAACCACCUUCAGGACAGACUAUGUCCCGUAUGUGGUCACCCGUCGCCCUGAGAAGCUGCAGGCCGAGUACAGGCCCAAGCCUGGAGAGAUUGACUUAGAAACGACCUAUAAACAAGACUUCAACCCAUAUGACGUGCAACCAUUUGUUCCUUCACAUCCGAAAGAGAGAGAACAUACCACGAAUGCAAAACUGGACACCAUACCCACCUAUAAAGAGGAUUUUCGUCAGUGGGAGAUCAGCAGACGAGAAUUGACUAAGCCUGACACACCGUAUCAACCCCCUGUUACAAAGUUUGGGAAUUCCACGACAUUCCAGGACGAUUUCGUCCACCGAGGCCUAGUGCCACGAGAGAGCUACAAGCCCCCUAACAUAGCCAAGCCAUCCGAUGCUCCUUUCGAAAACAUGACCAGCAACAAGCUCUCCUAUGUUCGGCAUGCUCUAGAAGCCCGGUAUGUUAAACCGCCAAUAGAAUACAAACCCACCAGCCAACCUUUCCAGGACCUCACCACCCAUCGCCAAGACUAUCAAGGGCUGCCGAGUCCGCUGACCAAAAGCUGCAAGCCUGAGCUGCUCAAAGUGGCCUCAAACAAGCCAUUCCAGGGCAGCACGGAAUUCCGUGACUGUUACCAGCAGUGGCCCGUAUCCCUCCGGCAGGUGCGGAAGUCGGUGGAGUACACGAGUCCAACAGAGCACAUGGACCUGACUACCACUUCGCACACCGACUACAUCAAGCACCAAAUCCAGCCCUUCCUUUCCGUCAAACCCUUCUCACUUCCCACUAAAUCCUCAGAGCCCUUUCAGGGCAGCACCACCAUGAGAGACGACUUCCAGCCAUGGGCGGCUCCCCGUCAAAGCAUUAUCCGAAAACAAGAGGAAAUCCAGCGAGCCAGUGGGAAAAUGGAAGAUCUUACAACCUUCAGAGCUCAUUUCAUUCAGCAUGAAGCUCAGCCUAGUUUCAGCUUCAAGCCCCAAAACACACCGCUGUGGACUGACGCUCCCCUACAGAACGACACCAUGUACAGCACGGAGUUCACGCCCAAGAAGAUCAGCGUGUGUCCGGCCAGUUUCGAGUCUCCGCCGGGGUUUGUUUUCGAUAAGUACGAUGAUCGAGGCCACCGCUUCUUCCGCAAGAUGACGUCUGCUGACAAGAUUGAGACGCCGAAGGAAAUGGUCUUGACAGCUUAAGAAAGUCAUCAUGUUGUUUCUAUAAAAGGAAAGUAGCAUACAA